AUGCUUAAGGAGAGAGAGAGUUCGGAGGGGUCGCCUGCUACCCCCGACGAGUGUGCGGGGUGCGGGGGCAGGAUACUAGACAGAUACUACCUGCUAGCAGUAGAUCGUCAAUGGCACGGCUCCUGCCUCCGCUGCUGCGAAUGCCGAUUGCCGUUGGACAGUGAACUCACCUGUUUCUCUAGGGAUGGCAAUAUCUAUUGUAAGGAAGACUAUUAUAGGCUUUUCUGCGUGAAGCGUUGUGCGCGCUGCGGCAAUGGUAUUACCGCGAACGAACUAGUGAUGCGUGCCCGAGACAUGGUUUUUCACCUGACUUGCUUCACCUGCGUGACAUGUGGGACGCUGCUCUCGAAAGGCGACGUCUUCGGCAUGAGAAAUGGCCUAGUUUAUUGCAGACCACACUAUGACAGCGCUUGCAUGGAUGAUUACUGUGAUGAAGAUAUGAAUAGUGUUUACAGGUGCCAAGAAAUGAAUAACGAGGGAGAUUUACCUAAUCAAUAUUACGCUGGAGGACCCAGUCAAAAGGGGCGACCGAGAAAGAGAAAACUGCCUCAAGGAUCUCCUGAAGACAUGCAGGUCCAAACAAUGAGAAUGGCUAGCACAGCUUUAGAAAUACUUCACCGUGGUGAUUUAUCAUCUUCGAUGGAGUCGCUUGCUUACGAUUCGUCUGUGGCAUCUCCUGGUAGCGUAUCUAGCCACACGCAACGUACCAAACGUAUGAGAACAAGCUUUAAGCACCACCAACUGCGCACUAUGAAGUCUUACUUCGCUAUUAAUCAAAAUCCAGACGCAAAAGAUUUGAAGCAACUUGCUCAAAAAACUGGACUUUCAAAAAGGGUACUACAGGUUUGGUUUCAAAACGCUCGUGCUAAAUGGCGUCGCAACAUGAUGAGGCAAGAGUCGAAUCAACACGGUCCGAUCGUGAACGGUAAUCCAGGUCAUUCUGUGAAUGGAAGCCUAGUAGGAAAUGUACCGCCACCUAAUGUUCCAGGAACCUUAAUACUAUCAGAAUCUUUGCAACCUAUAGAGGACAUUAGGGUCCAUACACCACAUCCCAUGGCUUUUAAUGAGAUGUAC